CAAAGCGGGCAAAGGUGUUUUGUUUGUCUGGAAGCGAGACGUCGGUGUCCGUAACGUGGCUGGUUUUCUUUUUGUAGUCUGUGAUUUCCUGUAGACCCUGCCAUGUAUUAGAAUAAAUGACCAAACUAUAAAAUUAGCAAGCCAGCUAUGGGUAACUGUAGCUAGCUACCUGACAGGAGUACUAGUUAGAUACGUUAGCUUACUAGGUACAUUAAUAGCUUUAGGUCGGUUGUUUUUAAACUCAACUUCAAGAUUUCCACCAAGGACGUUGCUUCUCCGAUCAUCACUCUCUCUCGCUUAGGCAAGGGACAUUUAAGUUUUUCACUUCUUAACCACGUCCGUCAACAAUCACCCACAACGAAGAUGGCGGCUUGCAGGGAGACGAGACGUAACUGGACAAUUCACUGUGCAUUUGCUGUGUUUAUCUUGUUAGAACUAUUUCCUCUCAACUGUAUUUCGGCACCGCUGGAACCCGAAAACGAUUCAGUUGAGGUUCAACCACCUCUGAAUCCAGGAGUUGUUGGUUUGGAUCACUCCUUGCCUUUGGCAACCGCCAGCAAGGGUGCAGCAACAGCCGACAGCACUGGUACAACAGACAGCAAGGCAGACACCGUAACCAAUGACAAAGCUAGAACAUCUAUCAAUGUUGAUAAAACAGCAGUCAUUAAGGUUGUAACAUCAGACCUAAAGGAUGCUGCUGCUACACCCAAUGAGAGUGCUAUACCUAUCAAAGACGCUACCACACCCAUCAAGGAUGCUACCGCACCUUUAGAAGACGCUACCACACACAUCAAGGAUGCUACCACACACAUCAAGGAUGCUACCACACUCAUUAAUGAUGCACCCAUUGAUGGCGUUACAACAUAUGUCGCACUGGCCACCAAAGGGGAGGUUAUAGCUGAAUCCCCUGCCAUUAUUAAUAAAACAACUGUUGGCAAGGAAGCAGGACAGAAUACUCAAGAACUACUUCCCAAUCCCACUGAUGCAGAUGCUGCUGCCACCUUUACCAUGGCUGCAGAUCCAGCCAUCAGCACCAUCACAUUCAAGCCCACCCUGGAGAAACCAAGCUCUGCCUCCAACACCAAGCUUGUCAGUCACAUGAACCCUACAGAGGAUGAUCAAGAGGACAAUCUAGAGUCCCAGGCAGAGACUGACGUGUACGACAGAGAAAAUGACGACGACGUCGAUGACGGCGACUAUGACCUGGGGCCAGCAGUUAAGGGUCCUCUGAACUUCAACGACGAGGAGGACGACAUCAUGGUGGACGCAGACAAUGAACCGGUGGUGCUCAGACCAGCAGAGAAUGCUGGGAAGAUAGACGUGCGUAUGAAGGACACCAACAUCUACACCAUCCAGGAUGAGGACUCGCACUUCUUCUUCCACUUGGUCAUCCUGGCCUUCCUGGUGGCCAUCGUAUACAUCACCUACCACAACAAGAGGAAGAUCUUCCUCCUGGCCCAGAGUCGGCGCUGGAGGGACGGCCUGUGCUCUCGCAACAAUGUGGAGUACCAUCGGCUGGACCAGAAUGUCAACGACGCCAUGCCUUCCCUCAAGAUGACUCAAGAUUACAUUUUCUGAGCAGAGAAGGAAGGUGAAAAGACUGACCUGAAUUGAACAAACCUGUUUCCGGCUGCAUUGUUGAAAUGCUUGCUUGCCCACAAGCUUGCCCCACUUCCUCUUGUUUCAGGACAAUCCUGGACAGGAGGGAGUUUGAUGGUACUUCAUCUCUGUAAUCGAUAACCUACACGUUUUCAAUGUUCAUCCGCGUACAUUGGAAAUAUUACUUUGUUUUGUUAACCAUACUCUUGAGUUUUGAAAUGAUUUAUUUGGGUGACAAUUACACUGGUCUAUAUGAAAAACAUUCCACCAUGUUUAAGCCUUACUGUCCUUAAUAUAGUUUUGCUCUCCUUUUUUUUGCAGAUUACACACACAGAAAAUUUGGAUGUAUAGAUUGUCAGAAUCAAUAUCAAGAUAAAUAUGUUGUGAUACUUUUCUUGUUAGUAACUAGUUUGCCUAGCAAUGAAGGAAGUAUACUACACCAGUGUUUACCAAAUCCUGUCCUUCAGUAACCCCCCCCCC